AUGAAGAAGAUAACAACAUCAACGGUUAUUUGUAGCAAGAGGAAAGUACAAUCGAAUGGAAAAGAAAAUUGUUCUCCAGAAUCUUUUAAUAAAGGAGCCAGCUCAAGUUCAUCAUUAGUGUACGGAGUUUUCCAAGGUGUAGAGCUUUUUCAAACAACAAUCAAAAGUACAUAUGAUAAUUCGUCAUUUGUUGAAGGAACCCGCAAGUCAUUUCGGACUAAUAGUAAAAGUACUCCAGUUACUAUUAAUAAUCAUGGCACAACUCAAGAUAAUGUAUAUUCUACUUUACCGCUAACUGAUGUGACAAAUGUGAAUUUGACAAGUCGAACUAUCCGGCAUACACGAUCUAGGUUAUCUACGAUGAUAUGUAGGGACAAUAAUAAUGUUGAAGAAAAUACCAGUAAUGUUGAUACUUCAAGUCAGUUUAACCAGCUUUCCAAUAAAAUUAGUGCACAAGAAUGUAAUACAUCAUCAUUCCACAUUCGAGACCUAAGUAGAGAUUUUGAAGAGGCUGCAGUAACAGUCAUCGACUCUGAUGAAUACGCUGAUUUGGGUGACGCGCUUCAUUGCUGUGAACAUUGUUCUGCACUAUUUUGGUUUGAUGAACGUUUAAAGCAGUCUAGGGUUAAUGGACGUCCGAAAUACUCAUCAUGCUGUGGUCAUGGCAAGAUUGGAUUGCCCACUAUUACUGUCCCCCCUAAAAAAUUGUUUGAUUUAUUCUUUACACCAGGGGAUAAAAGAAAACAUUUUUUGGAAAACAUUAGAUCUUAUAAUAGCAUGUUUUGUUUCACAUCAAUGGGUGCAAGGAUUGAUAAUUCAAUAAACAGUGGUGACCCUAUUGCCACGAUCGUGGAUAGUACAUUCCCAAUGUUCACGAAUGGAACUUGUGACAACACUUUUUUAGAAAAGUGUGCAAUUUUGGCACCUACACUUGAUGUUGUUAAUUCCAUUAAUGAAUACAUGAGUAACAUACAUGUUGCAGAGAGCAGAACUUACCUUAGUUGCGACACUGUAUGUCGAACUGAGUCUAAUAAUGGCAUUCUGGCGGAUGUGCACACACCGGAGUUCCUAAAUGGGUUGCGAGUAUCUGGCAUUCCUAACCAUUCUUUGACGUUAAAGGUGAGUUCACCUGUGAUGUUAUUGAGGAAUAUAGAUCACACACUUGGUCUAUGCAAUGGAACUAGGCUGAUAGUAACCAGGUUGUCAGCACAUGUCAUAGAGGCCAAACUAAUGUCAGGUAACCAUAUUGGUACCAGGGUUUUAAUACCUAGAUUGACAAUGACUCCUUCGGACCCUAGAUUGCCAUUCAAGUUCAAUAGAAGAUAA